AUGUCAAGACGCUGGGGUGAGCGUCGUCUGUCAGUGGAACAGGUGCUGCGGGAAGAUUCACAAGAAGCACUGUUUGUCCCAGAGUUCGCUGGCGAUGCGGAAGCUACUGAGAUUAGUAGGGAGACCUUCGGUGGAGACCAUCGAAGAAGUGGGAGAAAACGCCAAAGAGAAUACACAGAGAGGAAGCCAACAGCCACGACAGCCUCAAUGAACUCCUUCCAACCAUCUACGCCUCGACAAGCAGUCAAAAUCAAGUCAGAAGCCGAGAAUCAGGCGCUCGCUGACCUGCGAUUGAAGUCACCCGAUCAAAAGGUGCAAAUCUUCGUGGGACCUAACAAUACAAUCUAUGAAGUCGGCUUGGAGGACCUCGAGAAAGCUCCAGCAUUGAAAGCGCUAGUGAACAAAACUGGUGCCCAGACACCAUUCAUCAUGCAUCCGGAAUUGACGAAAAUCUCGGCGGACAACUUUCGCUCGGUAUACGAAUUUCUUCUGACAAAUGAGUACAUGCCUGCGAUCAUCGAUCAUCCGCUGGGAGAGAACAAAUUUCCGAAGCGACUGGAUGGGUGUACUUCGGCAAGCCAUUACCAAGACGAAGCAUCGAGAGGAGCCCAUCUGUAUGUGAUCACCAAGCGCCUCGGACUGAAGAGCAUGCAAGAUCUGGUCCUGCGGAAAAUCAUUCAAGCCCAGCACCAACCCUACGGGAUCGAAGGUCUUCUCGGUAUCGCCAUGAUCGUGUUUUCCAGACCAGAGGAUAACGCGGUGUUUGGGCCGUGCGGUUCCGAGAAGUCGUCGAACCAUCAAGACAGCGAAGGCAAUCAAGACCCUCUCGAAGAGUGGCUCGUUCAGAACUUGGGAGACAAGCUGCAGCCUGUGAUGAUCAACCACGCUCGGUUGUUCUUCCAAGUCGCGAACCAUGGUGCCUGUGCGGCUCGCGGCUUUGGUGUCCGGGUACUGCGACGAAAGGUCGAAGUUUGGGACACAAUGGACGCGAAUGUCGUCGCAAUCGAAGACGAUGAGUGA